UUCCCAAUCUUUUUGUUGUUUGCUGUGUUAUUGUCCUAAAGUUGAUUCGGUGCGAAGAACGAGCAAGUACAUGAUUUCUGUUCCGUUUCACACUUGAAUUGAUAAGCUGAAUCUUCCUCCCUCGAAGGCCAGACUACAGUUCUCAGGAUUUCAUCUCAUUUCGUCCAAUCAUGGAUGCAAAAUUGAGCCUUCUUCUCUUGCUGGGUGCUGUCGCUGCGGCUAGCGCUGAAUUUUGCUACAGCGAUGUCGUCGGAGCUUGCAGUCCCACAGGCUCAGAAUUGGCCAACUGUAAUGCCAAGUACGGAGCUGCCCACGAAGUAAUGAAAGAUUUACAGAGCUAUGUCAAUACACACAUAACCCGGAACUGGCAAUAUCUUUUGAUGUCAACUUACUUCAACAACUACGAGAAAAACCGUGCCGGUUUCUCCAAACUUUACAAGAAACUGUCCGACACCGCAUGGGAGGACGCCAUUGACCUCAUCAAAUACAUCGGCAAACGUGGAGGUAAAAUGGACUUCGGUUUCAGGAAGGAAGACACUUACCGCGCUAAUGUUGAUACUUAUGAAAUGCAUGAACUGGGAAGUCUUGCAAAGGCUUUGGACAUCCAAAAGUCUCUAGCUGAAGAAUCACACCACAUUCACGGAGAAGCCAUGCGCAGGAAGCAAGACUUCCACGACCCAGAGGUUGGUUCUUUCAUUGAGAACAAAUUCGUUCACCAACAUGCUGAUGCCGUACGUGAAUUGGCCGGACACUCAAACGACUUGAAGAAAUUGAUGAGCAACACAGCCGAUCAGAGCCUUGCCCUUUACAUCUUUGACCAGCAUCUUCAGAAGUCACUUGGUUAAUUCCGUAC